CCGGCGCUGCGCGGCUCCGCUCGGUGCCGCUGGCCGAGCUCUUCCUCCGCGGGGACGAGGGCGGCGGGGCUGCUUCGGGUGUGCGGUCCGCUCGGGCCGCGUUCCGCUGCCUCACGCCCUCGGGCUGUGGCCGCGGGCACGCCCCGGGCCGGGGGUGGGUGUUGAAGGGGCUCCCGGAGGUGGCGGGGUUGUGUCCGGCGGGGUUCUGUCCGGCGGAGGUCGUGGCUUGGGUCGCCUGCGGGUCCCACGGGCCCCAUGUGACUGUUGGUGGUCUGACUCGGUGCUUUAGCCGACAGCUCUGCGUACGUGGCAUCCAUGAUGGUGUGUCGCCUGGCACCGUGUUGGCUUCGUUUUCCUUUUAGUAUCAGCUCACCCUUGCUGCCCUGGGUAGGAGAGGAAGGUGCUUUGUUGUGGGGGAGAGAAGCAGAGGGAGGACGGCGGUGGAAUGCUCUGAGUCUCUCGGCCAGGGCUGUGCUCUGCGGUGCCCGGGCAGAGGCAGGCUGGUGAUGCGGCCCUGAGGCACGGCCAGAGUUUUCCCAUAUGGCCCUUCCCAGCUGACAAAUGCUCGGGGAUCUGAGGAGCAAGUGCACAAACGAGACCAAGAUGUUCCUGUUAAACGUUUCCGUCCAGACGAGUACGCAGAUUCUGUGCCUAAAAUACUCCUGCCCUUCCCUUGUCAUGUGCGGCUUGAAACUAUUGCAGAUAAUAGUGUCCUGGGAAAAUCCUUUUGGAAUUAAUCAAGAGUGGGGGCAGCUGAUAUAUUGUUCUCUUGUCCUCUCCUGAAAGCUGUGACUUGGCUCAGCUCUUCCCUCAAGCUCCACUGGUGCUUCUGGGAAGUGCUGUGCUCCUCACUUAUGGAGAAAGAUGCGGUUUAAUAAUUUGUUUGCAUUAAUGGUCUGUGAGCUAAGACUCUCAGGGGCGUGAGAAGGUGCUGUUGAGGAAAUGGCAAGUGAGUGAGAUAGCAUGAUACUCUUGUAACAGUUUCGUUUGCCUUUUGUUUUCAUUGAAAGCCAUCUGUCUCUUGCCCAUGUUUGUUUUUGUUGAAGCAGUGUCCUCUAGGCCAAGAAGCGACUCCUCCUGCUGAAGAGAGGAACACAGAGCCCUGUUCCUCUCAGCUGGCUGUGCUGCAGCACUUGCUGAACUCCAGGUAGCCCCUCUGCCCCUUCCUGGAGUCUCUGUGGAAGGACCAUGGAAGAAACUGAGGAGGAAAAAAAGGACGAGGCUGAUUAUAAAAGGCUUCACAGUUUUCCUCUGAUUAGGCUCUUAUUUUUCUGCUUCCUUGUCUUGUGCGACUGCCCCGUGCAGCACUCGGACAUGCCGGAGGAGAUGCGCGUGGAGACCAUGGAGCUGUGCGUCACGGCCUGUGAGAAGCACGCCACCAACAACGAGAGCGCUGCCAAGAUGAUCAAAGAGACGAUGGACAAGAGAUUUGGGUCCUCCUGGCAUGUGGUGAUUGGGGAAGGCUUUGGCUUUGAGAUCACUCAUGAGGUGAAGAACCUGCUGUACAUGUUCUUUGGUGGCAGCCUGGCCGUGUGUGUCUGGAAGUGCUCCUGACCCCUGGCCGGGUCCCAGACUUGCUGAAUACAAGAGAUUUCUUCCUGCUUUUGACAAGUUUUGUAUGAUCUGGAGGUGGGGCUUUAUUUUUAAUACUUAAAUGUCAAGACUUCUUUUUUUCAUACUGACGUAACAGUUCUGUGGGAUACAUAAAGUUGGUGUGUGUGUGUGUAUAAAUUUGCUAAACUGUCCUGUCCUUGCUUGUGGGAUUUCUCAUCUCCCUGUGGCUCUUUCCUUGGUGUUUGAGCUGGAGCAGGAGGGAAGUGAGGAAUAGGUGAUCUCACAACACACUGCACAGCAGUGCUAGCAGGGGAGAGUGAAAGCAAAAGGGUGCCAUCUAGCCCUGUGGUUUUUCUUAACUCCCGUUUAUUCCACAUAGUUUUCCUCUCUCCUCUGCUUUCUCUGCUACCAUGCAGUAUGGCUCUGACCAGCACCUGUCUUUCCUCUCUGGAUGCUGCUUAUACGUUCUUCCUUUCUUCUAAGAUGUCUGUGCAGACCUGACAGCACCAAGGGUCUCCCUUCAGGCUGUCUGUGGAGGUGUGAGCCACAGGGAAGCAGUCCCAGCUUGCCCUUCCCUGCUGUUUUGGGAGGGUACAACAGCUGAGCUGCCUGGGUGUAGGAGGUUGCUAUGCAAACUGCCCCCUCCUUUCUCACCCACAGCACACUGAGACAGCAUGAAAACACAGGCGGCUGACGAUGCCUGGGGAGUGGGUGAGAGCUCUUUUUAAGGCUCAGAUGCCUCCCUGUCAGUUCCUGGGGGUGUUGCAAGUGCUGUGUACUUUCAGCAUCUUGUUUGGAGGCUGACAGAGAAAGGAGGCUCCAUGUGAAAUAUAACUUGGUCAUCAGAAACCUAAUGUCUUUCUGGACUUGCAUUCUUUUAGCCUGUUUCAUUUUUUAAAGCUGUUGCUGUUGGAGGAUCGAAUGAGCGUAACUAUGUUACACGUAUGGCUUAUUUAUAAAACCUGGGGAACUGUGUUUUUUCAAUAAAAGUUUAGUAAAAUGUC